AUGCCGGUGCCAUUGACAGAUGCCAUCGUGGUGGGGGGGCUGAAUCCCGUUGAGGGCAAAAUUGUUUCGGUCCCCUCUCACCAAGCCAUCAACGAGAAAGUCAGCAUCGACGAGUCAGGGGUCGGAAAAGAACUGGCUUCCGAGAUUCAAGCUAUUCCGGCCACUACGCCGUCCGAUGAUGGAAACCAUGAGAAGGACGAUAACAGCGACAAUGCCAUCAUCAUCACCGGUGCCGACGCCGCCCGAUACUUGCUGCCGCUCCGGGAUGACUUCGACCCUGCGUUGACCUUUCGGAGUAUGUUUCUGGCAACUUGCCUUUCGGCUUUCCAGGCUGUUAUGAGUCAAAUCUACACUUUCAAACCGACCGCCAUCACCAUUUCUGGAACUUUCAUCGUUCUUAUCGGCUACUUCGUGGGCAAGGCGUGGGCCAAGGUCUUCCCUCGUGGUGAUAAGCUUGAGGCUCGUUGGAGGCAGGACCAUCCCGAAGGCGAACUUCCGGCGUAUGUCAAGAUCUUCAAAUUUUUCAACCCGGGUCCCUGGGGGCUGAAAGAACAUGCGAUCUGCUCCAUCACUGCCACAUCUGCGUCCAAUGCCGCCGCCAGUAUUCAGGUAUUCGCGGCACAGGAUCUCUUUUACGACUUGCCUCUAAGUCCGACAACCGUUGUACUGACCGUCAUCUCCAUUGGCCUCUUUGGCUACGGCAUUUGCGGUGUUAUGCGCCCCAUCGCCGUUUGGCAUGUCGAUGCUGUGUAUUGGAGCACUCUUCCUACAGUCAAGACCCUUCAAGGUCUUCAUUGGCAGGAUUUGAAGAACUCCAAGCCCCUGCGUUGGUUCUGGUAUAGUUUCGCAGGAAUGUUUGUUUACGAGUUCUUUCCUGCAUACAUCUUUCCAUGGCUGAACUCCGUUUCCAUCCCCUGCCUCGCUGCCAUGAACGCCACAGGUUCAAAGGCUGCUGUUCUCACGAAUCUUUUUGGCGGCUCCAUCAACAAUGAAGGUUUAGGCCUAUUCUCCCUGUCUUUCGACUGGCAAUAUAUUACUUCAUUCAACACAUCACUUCCUCUGACUCUGCAGGCUCACUCUGCCAUUGGAUUCUUCAUUUGCUUUCUUGCAAUGAUUGGAAUCUACUAUACAAACGCCUGGGAUGCCAAGUCGCAGCCUUUCAUGUCGACGCGACUGCGGUCCGAGGAUGGUACUGCGUAUCCCAUUGCCAAGGUUUUCACUGGCGGUGUGCUCAACCAGGACGCCCUCGCCAAGUAUGGAAUCCCAAGGCUGACAGGCAGUUUCGCGUACGCGAUGUUCAUGGCCAAUGCUGCGAUUGGUGCCCUGGUUGCCCACUGCUUCUUUUUCUGGGGCGGAGACGUUAAGAGGGCCUAUCAGAGCGCAAAGAGUGGUAGAUAUGAUGAUCGCCAUCACGAUCAUAUGACCAAACACUACAAGGAGACCCCUUGGUGGUGGUACGUCAUUGUACUCGUCGUCAGCUUCGUCCUUGGCCUCGUCGUUGUCACCACACAGAACGUCACGCUUCCGGCUUGGGCAUAUGUCGUGUCCCUGCUUCUCGGAAUCUUCAUCGCGCCGCUGCUAACUCGCGUCCAGAGCACGAUUCUUUACUCUCGUUUCGGUAAUGGAAUUGCUACGAACAACUUAUCGAAGAUGCUGGCAGGUCUCAUCCUUCCUGAGCGUCCCAUUGGCAACAUGUAUUUUGCCGCUUGGUCGCACAACGUCAUCUCGAAUGCUGUUAACCUUUCCAACGACCUGAAGAUGGGAGAAUACCUUAAAAUACCUCCUCGUGUUAUGUUCCUCACCCAGAUCUAUGGUACCAUCAUUGGCGGUUUCAUCAACUACGCAGUCAUGAUCUCUAUUGUGAACGGAAAUCGAGAGCUUCUCGUAGAUAGCGAUGGAAACAGUUCUUGGAGCGGUGCAACGAUGCAAUCGUACAAUACCAACGCCACAUCCUGGGCACUUGCUAAGUACCUGUACAAGACUGGUGGCAAGUACGCUCUUGUGCCGAUUGGUCUGGGUAUCGGCUUUGGCGUUGUCAUUGUCCACCGUAUUAUCGCAUACUUUAUCCCCAAGAUCCGCGGUUACUCCCUGUACGAGAUUAACUUGCCCCAGCUCAUCCAAUAUGCGGGCUAUAUUCCGUACAAUGCGUCUCAGACUUGCGUACUCUUCAGCUCGCUGAUUAGUGGUUUCUUCGUCCAAUUCUACCUCCGCAACUACCGUCCUCGCAUCUUCAAAGAUUACUCGUACCUUGUCACUGGUGCAUUCGACGGAGCUAGUCUUACUGUCCUCUUCAUCCUGUCGUUUGCGGUGUUCGGCGCCGGUGGCCCCUCUAUCCCCUUCCCGACAUGGUGGGGUAACAAUGCCGAUGGUUACUACGAUCAUUGCCCGGCAGCUGAGUAA